UGUAUGCAACAUAAUAACAAGUGAGACGAUCAACUGAAUUGUUUCACAAUAAAUUAUUGCUCAUUUAUUUAGUCGGCAUAAUUUGCUAGCUCUUAGUGUGAAUUUCAUUGUAUAUAUUCAAGAUGUGCGCUGAAUUCGUUCCGGUCGAAACUAAAGCCUCAUUGUUACUGAAGCAAAAACAGAAAGAUUUCAGCGUUAUCGUUCACGAGCCCCGGAAAUCAAAAACUAAAGUUCUAAGACCCAGUAAAAUAACACGUGAAGAUGAAGAUCCUUCUAAGGAUAACAGUGACCAGAAUGCUGAGCAGGAUAUCGAUGAUAUUUUCUCCGAUGCCCGCCGAAGGAAGCGCAAGCGUCGCGAAGAUCCACAACUAUUCGAUAUCAGCAGAGCACGAAAAGAAGUAAUAAAUUACGGCAUUUCCGGCUUGGACAAGGAAACAAAGCACACCGCUAAAGUGGCAUUAGCAAUAAAACUGGGUGCAAAACCACCAAAAAAUGUCUACCGCAACUAUAAGGAAAUUCUUGAGGAACGGAAACACAAGAACGAAGAAUCCGACCGGUCCAUCCGACGCCGUCGAGGACAGAGCUUUGGUGCGGCCAAGUCUUUCCAACAGCAGCAGCAACGAGCUCGUCAGAAAUCGACCAACCCGGGCUCAGUCACCAAACACUAUGGCGUGGUGAAACCUAAGAUUGUUGAUAAAAAAAGAAAAGCUAGAUAAUAAUUAUUAACCAGUACCAGCUUUUGUUUUCGUUCUCCCAAAAGUCAUUUUGCUGUAGAGAGAUAUAUGUGUAAACCGCAUUUGUUGUAAUCAAUAUAACGAAUGGAAAGUGCAAAACCUUUAAUUUAUUAAGAAACUUGGACUUCACAUCGAAAAAUAAAUCACGACGACGCACAUUGGUGAUCAA